ACAAACCACUUGGAUGACUACUAAUAGUUAUAGCCAGAUGUACUAAUACACAACAAAUCACGAGCCCGGGAUCUGGGGAGCGUCAAUGAGUUCUUAUUUUGUGAAUCCCACUUUCCCGGGGAGCUUGCCUAAUGGGCAAGAGUCGUUCCUCGGGCAGAUCCCCCUCUACCCGGCGGGCUACGAGGCUCUGAGGCAUUUCCCAGCCUCUUAUGGGGCCAGCAGCCUGCAGGACAAGACCUACUCCUCACCUUGCUUCUACCAACAGUCCACCAACACGGUCAUCGCCUGCAACCGGGCAUCCUAUGACUAUGGCGCCUCCUGCUUCUAUUCGGACAAGGACCUGGGCGGCGCCUCCUCGCCCUCCGGCAGUGGCAAGCCAAGGGCCAGCCACCCUGGGGACUAUCUGCCCUCCUUUGCCUCUGACCAGCAGUACAAACCCGAGAGCGGACCAGCCAAAAUCCUAAAUGAGGAAGACAGCGACCGGAAGUACACCAGUCCUGUUUAUCCCUGGAUGCAGAGGAUGAACUCUUGUGCUGGUACAGUAUAUGGAACACACGGGAGACGGGGCAGACAAACGUACACGAGAUACCAGACCUUAGAGUUAGAGAAGGAAUUCCACUAUAACAGAUAUUUAACCAGAAGGCGACGGAUUGAGAUUGCAAAUGCCCUGUGCCUUACAGAACGACAGAUUAAAAUCUGGUUUCAAAACAGGAGAAUGAAGUGGAAAAAAGAAAGCAAAUUGAUUAAUUCCACCCAGCCCGGCGAGGCAUCAGAGGAAAAAUCAGGGGAGUAAAAUAAUACUCAAGAGGAGUUACCAGAUCGUUCAUAAAUAGCUUUCCCCUCUUCCCUACACCUCCCAGUUAUGUUCCUCCUUCCAGUAAAAUCCCUUAGGUGGUGGUAGUAGUGGUGGUUGUUAUUCCGGUUAUUCUUAAAGGCUUGAUUAAAAUAUAUACAUAUUUAUAAAUCUAUCUAUAUAUUUGCAAUUAACUGUGAAUUUCUUUAUCAAUAUAAUUGACUGUAGAAGUGUGUGAUGUACAUAGAUCACCAAAGUAUAGAGUAGGAUGUUGAAAGUGCUGAAGAUUUUUAAAAGAAAAGGAAAAGAAAAUGGGGUGUGGGAAAGAUAAAGUUUGGAAGUGGAAAAUCGAUGUCUGCAUAAAAGUCUGUAAUUUGAUGGUGUGGCUUUUAGGUGCAAGAAAGGGCCAGUUCGCUCAUUCAAAAACAAGCCUCCACGUUCUAGAAUGGCCAGAUAUGUACAGGCUUCUUAUUACGUCUUUGUUGAUACACUAUUGCUCAUUGUU